AUGUCCCAAUCCUCCGCCCCCGAUGCCUCCGCCCAAGUCACCGGACACACCACCGCCCAUGCCUCCAGCGCCGCCGAACUCGCCAGUCUUAAAGUAAGCCUGCGCGGUGCUCUGCGUCAGUUCCCGGACUUCCCUUCCCCCGGCAUUCUCUUCGAGGAUAUCCUGCCUAUCUUCGCCGACCCGACCCUGCACGAGGCUCUCAUCCGUUCCCUCGAGCUGCACAUCCUCGAGCACGCCGGCGGCGUCAAGCCCGAUGUCAUCGUCGGCCUGGAGGCCCGCGGUUUCUUGAUGGGUCCCAGCCUGGCCCUGCGCCUUGGUGCUGCCUUUGUCCCCGUUCGCAAGCAGGGCAAGCUCCCCGGCCCCUGUGAAACUCAGGGCUACGAGAAGGAGUACGGUACCGACUUCUUCCAGAUGCAGGCUGGCUCUAUCAAGCCCGGUCAGAAGGUCAUUGUCGUCGACGACAUCAUUGCUACCGGCGGCUCUGCUAAAGCUGGUGGCGAAUUGAUCCAGAAGAUGGGCGGCGAAAUCCUCGGCUUCAUUUUCCUCCUCGAGCUUGAAUUCCUCCACGGCCGCGACAAGCUCCCCGCCCCUGUCCACACCCUUCUGACCGGCCAGGCCUAA